AUGAACUACGUCCUUGAGUCGCCUAAGAAUCCCGAGACAGCUGGCCGAGCUGGCAAUUUGGAAAUUCCAACUCUGAUUCUUCACGACAUCUGGGCGCCCCCCCUGAACGCGUAUCAGCGGAUUACUCUUUACGAAUGUGUUGAUGCAGAAUUAGUGAAGCGAGAAGACACUUUGAUACCCUCGACAGGCCCGAUUCGGCAUUCUCUUUACGAGGAUGGCUUUAAUAGUCUGAUGGCAGCGCUAAGUUCGCCAAGAGCACAAGCCAACACGAGGAUCAUUUGGAUUAGACGCUUUGCACCGCUGCAGUCGGAUGUAUCGCAGAUUCUGGGCGAACAUUUUGACAUCGAUCCUGCAUUUUUUCAAGAUGGGAGUCCUACAAGGGGCGACACGCCAGUACACAUACCACUCCCGUCGCAAAACUGGUUUUUCCGAAUUGAAGCUCAGAACUCCGGUGAUACUCUGAGAUGUGUCUUUUUCAGAAAUAGCGAUGAUUUGUCAGAGAACAAUGUCGCAAAGACGGCCAUGGUUGUAAUGUCUUUUUAUGAGUCAGGCCCUAUCAUCAAUGGGCUCUAUUACAAAGAUUUCCAUCGUACUCUAGCAAUUGAAAGAAUGUCCAAGGACGAGAUAGUUGAAGCGGAACAAAACCCUGUAGAGUUCUUGUAUCCACAUGUCAAAGGUAUGCUAGCCGCUGAUGCGUCGGAGUGUCACACUAUCAGAGCACAUCAGGUGCAAAGCUCCUAUGAAUAUUCUGAGCGUGGAAGACACAACACCCCUACAAGUGGAUCCGAGAGAGGCCCUGAGAGAGUCACACUGGGUGAACUAGUCCACGAGUCUUUGAGUAGCCAACGUUGGGUGAGCCGGUUAAGCUUCUGUAUAGAUAAUCUAAAGAGGUUCAAUGGCGAAACCCAUAAAGCCAAGGAGAUUAUAGGCGAUUUUAGAGAACUUAUCGACCGUGUCAUCAUUGUUCGCGACUGGCUUCGUGAGCGGGUGGAUUUAGAGCGUGACGAACUCAACCGACAAGUUAGCAACCUCGCCAUAGAUGAAUCGAGGAAAUCUAUCGAACAAGCUGUCAGUGUAAAGAGACUAACACAGCUGGCUUUUUUCUUCAUUCCGCUAUCAUUCGUUACCUCGCUCUUUGGAAUGAAUGUCGAUGAAUUUGGAUCUGACAAAGGUAUCAAGCUCUGGAUGUUUUUUGUGACUUCAAUCACCCUUACAGCUGUGGUACUAUUAAUUUGGGGAUUCGUAUCUGGGAAAUUGGAAAGUGUUUGGUGGUCUUUAGAUCGGAGGAUACAUGGGUACCCGAAGCGAGACACCAGGCGAAGGGUGUAA